GUACUUCGCGUUUGUCGUAUUUUACAACUAACCCUGCAAAAUGUCAGAAGCUUUAAAAUAAGGUUGUGUUUAUUUACAUCAUUCUGAGCCAAAUUUAGCUCAAUUUCGCUAUCUAAUGGUUGGAAAAUCACCACAAACUGACACUGUACUGGUAUGAAAAAAAUGUCAACAAAAUCAAGCAGUGCCAUUGAGUUAUUAAACAAAAUUAACAAAGGCCAAAAACGUAGAUUAUAUCUUGAAGACUUUUACUAUUCGUACAAGUGUUCGCGACUUGAACCUGAAGCCCAAAAUCGCGAUUUAAAUGAUUAUGAAGAUGUUAAACCAAAAGUGGAGAAUUUGGAGACCAAAACGCAACCGAACCAAAAACCGGUCUACCGUCACAACACCCGUCGCAAAUUGCCAUACGGUGACUCUGAGAAGAAGUACGUUUGCAAUAACUGUACCUUCCGAAGUAAAUAUCGCAAAAGUCUUUCGGAACACCUCCUUCUUCACAAGUCACGUGACGAAACCCCCAUCUACCACUGUAGCGAAUGUUCAUAUGAAACUAAACGUAAGCAUUACUUGCGCAAACACAGUCUGAUUCAUAAUUCGAGCACAAUGCACAAGUGUCCCGAAUGUGACUUUGCCACGAAACGCAAAGAUGGCCUCCAGCGCCAUCUUCUCUUGAUACAUAACCACAGUUCGGACGCUUUGAUAUACAAGUGUCCCGAAUGUAGCUACCAGACCAAAUUGAGCUAUAGUCUCACAUCGCACAUGCUCGUGCAUAAAACCUCGGAUGAUUUUUACAAAUACAAGUGUCCCGAAUGUCCAUACAAAACCAAAGAGAAACGCUCAUUGUUCAAACAUUCCCUGAGCCAUAAAAGUAAAGACGAGAUAAACACAUACAAGUGUCCCGAAUGUCCGUUCGAGACGCGUCGCAAGUCGAGUUUGAGUAAACAUAUGGCGGCGCUGCCGGGCGAUGAGUUCGGGGAAUCACACAAAUGUACAGUUUGUGCGUUUGAAACGACGCGCAAGAAGUGUCUAAGGAGCCACAUGUUGUCACAUCGUAAUGCCAAUAAGGCGUACAAAUGCCCGUUUUGUCUCUACGAACACACCAAGAAGAAAAAACUAACACGGCAUAUUAAUGUACAUAAUGACGGAGAGGAGUCUUUUAAGUAUAGAUGUCAGGAGUGUCCGUUUAAGACCAAAUGGGUGGAUGCGCUCAAUACGCACAAGCUGAGACAUGUCAAAGAGGAGGAUGGCGGGAUUUUCAAAUGUAUGGUGUGUUCGUAUAAUGCCAGGAAUAAGGCGCAUCUCACGAGGCACUUGAAGAUGCACAAGAGGGAUAGCGUUUAGAGUUUUUUUGUUCUUAGGUUGUUUAACUGUGAUAUUGCCAGUCAAAGUCCCUACUAGGGUGUUGUAGAUUUGUGUCGAUAAAUAAAUAAUUGUAUAUGCUG